ACCGCCGGGGUGCUUUGUAAUGAGGGGUGGAAGAAGGUGGUCUUUCUGCAUGACCGAUCUGUGUAAAACAAUGGGAUCACCGACAGAGCUGACUCUGGACUGCAGGCCUUCUCCUGGUAAAUACUCCAGCGCGUUGAAGGCAAUUUCGCCUGUAAGCGAUCAGUUUGAAAGAAUAAGACAGCUCGAUGAUUAUCUCAAGGGACUAGAGGAGGAAAGAAAGAAAAUUGAAGCUUUCAAAAGAGAACUUCCUGUCUGUAUGAAUCUUCUUGAUGAUGCAAUUGCUGCUUCUAAGGAACAGUUAGCAAAUUGCCAAUACAUGCCUGCGUCUAGUGACAGCAGACCAGUGCUAGAGGAAUUCAUACCUCUCAAGAAACCGUGCGAUGAGUCUGGAGAGGAAUCCGAGGUGAAUCACAGCCAUCAUGAUUCAAAGAGAACAAAAUUUGACACUGGUGAAAAACCCAACUGGAUGAGUUCUGUUCAGCUGUGGAGUCAGAAUUCUGAAUCUGAAGAGUGCAAGGAAGAGCAAAGGGUUUCCCCACAGGAAAAUCCAUUGAAGCCACACGAUUCCCAUUCUGGCCAAUCUGGUCAAGAGCAAAUUUUCGCAUCAAACUCUAAGUUGUUUCCUGAUUCUAAGAAAAGAACUGGAGGUGGAUUCCUCCCAUUUUUAAGAGAGAGACAAAGCAAUCCAGCUGUCUCUGUAAGAUCGGAUGCAGGCAAGACUUUACCAGACCUUGCCUUGUCAUCGGGAGAGCAGGAGGUAGGUUCCUCCCAUAGAUGCAAUGAAAUUGCCAAGUUGAACAAUGCCACCACCACCACAUUCAGGAAUAGUAAAUCCAAGGAACCAAUAGAGACCGCUGCGCCUGUGUUCUCCAAGAAAGGGUCAGAAAAACCUAGCGUGGGUGGUUGCUCUCCUGCUCCAACUACAUCCAAUGGGGCUCAAUCUCAGAGAAAAGCUAGAAUGUGCUGGUCACCAGAGCUGCAUAGGCGCUUUGUCAGUGCUCUUCAACAGCUAGGUGGGUCACAAGUAGCAACGCCAAAGCAAAUCAGAGGGCUGAUGAAGGUGGAUGGGCUUACCAAUGACGAAGUCAAAAGUCAUUUACAGAAAUACCGUUUGUACAUCAAAAGGCCAAGUCCUUCUCCUCAGACGUCUGCUUCUCAAGCCCCACAAUUGGUGGUUCUUGGAGGAAUUUGGGUGCCUCAUGAUUAUGCAGCAGCCCAUCAAGCUCCAGGAUUUUACAGUCCCCUUUCAAAUACUUCCACUUCUCAUUUCCAAUCACACUAA